AUGUCCGUUUCAUUGGCAGAUCCAUACCGAGGCUUCGCGAUCAUUUCCUCCCACGGAGAAAAGUUAGAAGACCACAGCUUGGCCUCCUACGAUGCCAGAAGCAAGUUGAACGGGCUUGCUUUCCAGCCCGACAAUGCCCAAGCUGUCUACGAUCAACACCAUCACGCACCCCUAUUACCUCACCCGACAUCUCAGAACAAUGGCUAUCAGGAUGCGCAAACAACAUACAUAUCUGCACAUCACAUGCCUCGACCAUCAUUUCACUACGGAUAUGACUUUGCUUCAAGUAGAAGCACCGCUAAGCGAAAGCGCUCUGGCUCGGAAGACGAGGGAGAUGGUAGGCGUCAGAUGGAGCAUUCAUUCCUCACUAGAGGGUCGCUGGUGUCAAUGCCCCUUGAUGGCUCGUCGAUUACAGACCAAACUGGGAGCACUCUAUUCCCGAGCCACGACGACAUCUCUACUUCGCUUCCACCGGCAACACACGCGUACCAGUCUGCGUUUGCCCUUCCAGUUCCACAGCAGCACCAUCAUCAUCGUCUCCCUGCCCAGCUCUUGAAAGCCCAUGAUGCAAUGACCACAAUGUCGGGGGGAUCUCCAAGCGUGGUCGGCCAGCCUGGAAUGCCAGAUCCGGCGCCGCGACCGCGAGGUCCGAAGCUUAAAUUUACACCGGAGGAAGAUGCUCUGCUGGUAGACUUGAAGGAAGAGAAGAACUUGACUUGGAAGCAAAUUGCCGAUUUCUUCCCUGGACGGACAAGUGGGACUCUGCAGGUCAGAUACUGCACAAAGUUAAAGGCAAAGGAUGUGGUUUGGACAGAAGAAAUGCUCUCACGUCUUCAACGCGCACUAAGCGACUAUGAGCAUGACAAAUGGCGCGUCAUCGCUGCGAAGGUUGGUAACGGAUUUACGCCCGCCGCAUGCCGCGAGAGGGCUGCUCAUUUACAGCAGCACGAACAUGAGAGGGAGACACUUCAAGGCCAGGAAACCUACAACUCUCAAGAUCUUCGGGAUGUCACUAUCCGUGAAUCGAUGCCUGGAGACUGCUCAUUGUAA